GGUUCUCUCUCUCUCUCUCUCUCUCUCUCUCUCUUACGCUCCCAUACACGGCCCCUGUUUCUUUCCCCCGCUUCCAUGGGCGCUCCCGGCUCUCCUCCUCUACCACCCAAUCAUCAUACUUUCUGCGAAUCCGCAUUACAACCUCCUGACGUCUCUAAUUCUUCCACUCUAACGCUCGACUCUCAUCUUCCUAGUUCCAUCUGUGAUAACCAGAGGAAGAAGAAGAAGAAGACGAAGACGAAGACGACGAUGAAUUCCCAGAAGAAGAAAAGAUUAGAUAUUGAAGAUGUCUCCUUGUCUGCGCCCUUAUCCCUUUCUUGCUCCCCUUCUCUUAAUUCUUCUCAGAGGCUCACUCGCGUACCUUGCAGACGGCGCAAUCCUGCGGUUCGCUUCGGUGCGGUUCGGCCAAGUCUCGGAUGGCGUGAUGUGAACACGUUGGCUCUUUCUCUGGGGAUGUCGUUUGCUGCUUUCGUUGACAUGGUUCUUGACAGGAAAGAUACAGUUGCUGAAAAUAUGUCCAUCGAUGAGCUUGCAAAGGUAUUCUUUUCAUUUUUAUCCUAGGUCAACAACAGUUUU